GGAAGGAGCAGGCUCACAGCGGAGGAGCCUGAUGUGGGGCUCGAUCCCAGAACGCCGGGAUCACACCCUGAGCCGAAGGCAGACGCGUAACCGCUGUGCCACCCAGGCGCCCCAGUCGUGGUAUUCUUAACGUUUGCUGAGCACACGCUCGUCAGCCUUCUCAGGAGAAAGCCACAACUCCUGCCUUUAGUGAGUGCAGACUUCACCCAGGACAGGCAAAGACACCAGCUCCAGGGGACAGCCCAGGGGAACUGCUCUGAAGGUGUACCCUGGCAAGGCAGGGUUCUGAUGGUGAGGAGUUAGGUUAUGUGAGGGCUGAGACAGUGGUCCAGGAAGGCCUCAGCCUGGCAUGGGCUACUUAAGUUGAGUCUUCAAAGGGUUCUGGACAGACAGGUGAAGGUUUUUCCAUUUAUACCACUGCUCUGAGCCAGGCUUGGAAGCUAGACUAGCGUAGGGGUGGGUAUCAAAGCGGAAGAAGUGAUGGCUUGCUGGUAAGGAACCAAGCACAGCACUCCUAUAAGUGGUGGGGUCCCAUCUUGAAUGAUAUGGAAACAGGUUCAGAGGCCAAGCACUGGGCAGACCAACAGUACUGGUGGAAGUGGAUCUGAAGCUGCUGUCUGCCUAACUCAAGGGGAGGGCUUUCCUGCCAAUCCCAUAAUGCUGCCCAGGGCCUCUCGCAGCUUCUAACUGAACCCGUACAUCACUGCCAGGAAAAGCUGUUUAUUGCAGUUUUACCGUUGGGGAAACUGAGGCUCAGAAAGUUUAACUUGCUUAAGUUCUCACAGCUAAUAGAGGACCUGGGAUAAUUCAGUCUGGGUCUGACUCCAAAGCUCAUUUCUUUUUACAUCACUGCCUUCCAAAAGAGAAUUUUCCCAAAGCCAGAGGUAAUGCCUGCCCACCAGCUUAUGUGUGUCUCUUGGAGGGAGGAGCUCUGUUUUUCUCCCAUUACAGGUGAAUUUUGGUCAUUAGCAGGGCCUCUGAAGGGCUGUAGUUAAGGGCAGAGUUAAAUCUGGUCCCUUUGUGCUGAUUCAGGCGCAGUUGAAGUGCAACUUUGGGCUAAUCAAAUGAAAAUAAACAAGACCAUUAAGAUGCAGGUGUAAUUCUCAAGGCUUUGACAUGUUGCAGUGUGCAAAGGGCUGCUAUUUAUAGAUGUGCCCUUACCAGCCGGAUCAAGCAGUCCUGUGAAAGCCACGUAAGCAUCAGUUAGCAUUCAUGUAAGGCUUGACUACAUCUAAACUCCCUAGAAUCAUAACUCUCUUGAAGGCUUCAAGCCAGGAGGGGCCUUAGGAAUCAUCUAAUACAGCCCCUGCAUUUUGCCGUUGAGAGCACAGACCCAGAGAGGGGAGUGACUUGCUCAAAGUCACAGAUCCAGAGGAAGAUCCAGGGGAGGAGUGGGGAGUGUCAUCUACUCGGCAGGAAUUUAAAAUUUCUACACACAUUGUCUGUCUCGACCUGCACAGGAACCUGGUGCUGUAGUACUGUACUGCCCCAUUUAAGGAAGAGAGGCGCGCACGGCGCAGUCAGAGCGCUCCAAGGCCUGUACGCAGCUGGCCAGAAAGAGCACGGAGUUACUGAUUACCCGCCUGCGGUGUGUAUGUGCCCCCUGUGAGAGUGCGGUGACAGAUCCGCACCUGAGACCGUAACCGGCCGCUGCUUCCCUGUACUGUCUGCAUGAGCACCUGCGUCAUCGCCGAGUAUGGCUCCAGUGGGUAAAGAUACACGUGUUCUGUGCAACGUGGGCCUUGGGUGCAAGUUAGCUACCUCAAAGGCAGGCUAUAGCCAAGAAUCAGAAAAGCUGGCCACGGUGGCCUUACUGAGACUUGGUGUCUUUAUCCCCAAGACGGGUACCUUCCGAAAGGAUUUUCAGGAGUGAUUUUGAGCCUGCCUCCCUAUGUGUCUCCCUCCACGUAUGAUGUGUAACCAGUCAGCGUGGGCAGAGCGCAGACCUGGUGGGUGGCUGCAGGAGAGCCAGAAUCUACCUCCAAGUCAGGGCCCCUAAGUAACGCGGACCCCGGCGGUACGGAAGGACAGCUACGGCGUGCUACUUGUUAGCGUUACUUCUCCCAAGCGCCGUGUAGACGGUAUUUACUCUUUACACGGCUGUGCGGUAGAUGGUAUUCUCAGCCUCGUGUCGUAAAUGAAGAUUCUGGGCCAGAAAGCAGUUGAGUCACUUGCCCAGGGUCCUCCAGCUUGUACGCAGCAGAAGUGGUGGUGAUAAUAAGAAUCAUCAUAAUAGCAGCAGCAGCAGUGACAGCAGAGCUGGGAUUCAUUCUUAGGCCACCCAGCCGCCCUCUUCACCACAAUGUCAGUUCCUCCUGUGCCCUCCACUGUGGGGCAGAGCAUGGGAGCCUUAGAACAAAGCGGUGAGGCUGCAGUGAACACCGGAGGCCACCAGAGGGCACAGGGCUGCCAGCUGUGUGCCUUUCCUGGUUCCCAAGGUCGCCUUUCCCAUUGGGGGCUGUGCUCCCUCAGUGCUCUCUUUCUCCACAGCCCCUAAGGCUGCGGGCUCCCAAAGACAGGGAGGGAGCCCAGUGGCCAGCCCCCAGAAUCUUCUCCCACAUCAGAGGUUGCUAGAGGGAGCCAAGGAGGCCCUCUAGUUCUCAUCAAUAAACACACUGGUGGGGCCCACUGAGAGCUGUCUCCCUAUAGGCUCCCAAGGCAGAGUGGGAGAGGUCACCCCACCUCCAACCCCAAACUCUUUGAGUGUCUUGAGGCUCUGCCUUGCCGGGAGCCGCCGAUGCUGGGGGCUGGCAUUGUUUGGGCAGGUGUGGAGAGGGCUGUGGCCCAGCCAGCCACAUACGUGGCCCUCCCAGCCCUGCCUCAGCCUAAUCAGGCUUUGGUGUUCUCACGCACUCACACUGUCCUGUGGCCAUCACAAACAUUGUGGUUAUUGCCGCCAUUUGCCAGACCCCUACCCAGUUUUGGAGUCGUUAUCUAAGUUAACAGCCCCAGCUGCUUUGGAGGCCGCUGGACAGUGCUGUUGAGAGACAUGAAGUCAUCUGCCCAAGGUCACAGCCAGUGAGAGAGGCCGGUGACAGAUCAGGAAGCCAGCUCCGCCUCCCUCCAGCUCUUCGCACCGAGGUACCCUGCUCUUCCACAAAACUCCCCCGGUGCCCUUGACCUCCCUCAAGGCUAUCACCACACCCAUCCCGCCCCACCUCACCCAGCACAGGGUCUGAGCUGACGUCACCAAGGGUGAAGAUGCCCCUCUCUCAACGCAGGCCCCAGAAGGUCAGAGAGGCAACUUCCCGUCCUGGACAAUGGCAAUAAAGACAUCUGAGGACACUUCCCACCCUUUCCGUGUCUGAUGACGUUCACAGGCAAGAGGCCGCCCUGGGAACAGUCCUCUGGUUCCGUUCUUCGGGGAGGUAGGGUGUCUCCGUGGCCAACGCCCGCAGCAGACUGAAGGCUGGGGGAACAGGAGGCAGCUGCUGGUGAAUGGAGCACCACCACGGCCUCAUCCUGGCCAGGCCACAAGGCUGUGACAUGAAAAGCCAACUGUGCCCUGGAGCGUGGGGGAGGAGAGGACGCCCUCCAGCCCAGCCUGGACUUGGAUCAAGCCAAUAGGCUUCAAAUUCCAACUCAGCAAUCAUUUUCUGGAUGGGGAAACUGGAGUCUGAGAAAGGCCACGCAGCUGGUCACUGAAGGAGCUGGGACUCUGACCCAGGGCUGUCUCCCUUCAGAGCUAGAGCUCCGUCACCUACAACAGGUCUGGGCCCUUCUUCCUGGUUCACUCUUAGGGGCGCUUUUGGGAUCCUGGUGGAAGGGUGAGCAGGGACUAACCAGGAAGGGCCUUGAAUGCCAGGCCAGGGGGUCUGGGCUUUCUUCUGAAGGUCUGUGGCAGCCGCUGGUGGGUUUUUAGGUGGGGCGGCGGGUGGAAGCGGUGGCAUGGCCUGGAAGGCUACAGAGGAGCGAGGGUUUGCCAGAAGAGGUGGCCUUGGAUGCGGGAAGCCCAGCAAUCGCAGCCCCACCUGCUGCCCAAAAGGAAUGAAGAGGCGUGUGGGGGUCCCGGGGACCAAUGCCUCAGGACUCGGGUGUGGACCUGGGGUUCUGGAAGGGCCCCAAGAUCCAGCACCCAGCCACUUCAACACAGGAGCUCAGGGAGGGGGCCUGAACUCACACCUGGGCCGGGGCUGGGCCGGGAAUUGUGAGGGUACGGGAAGGGGAGUUGGUUCCCAUUUCCCAGGGCAGACGUCAGAGGUGGAGUUAGGGCAGGGCCCAAAGGUGUGAGGCCUCGGAGCCAUUUCCUCUUUCCCACAGCAUGGACAACUCACUCCCCGUAACCCCCACCUGUCCCAGUUCUGCCUCGUACCAGGUAGGCCCUGGCUAGGCGGCUAGGGAGAAGGAGCCUUGAGGAAUCAAAGCCCCCCCAGUCCCUCUGAACCUGGGGAGGGGAAAGACCGAAAACCAAAGCCAGCCAGAAACAGGGCUCUUGCAGCCCACAGCAGCCCCACCCAAGCCCCCUCCUGAAUACUCAGCUGUAUUUCAUCUUGCUUGAGCCCCAUAUUUACCCAACCUUGAUCCGAAACCCGAUCCUCGCAGCCUCCGCAUCCUUUGCAAUCCCAACAUCAACCCAAUCCCUGCAGCUCUGGGUUCCAAACCUAACCCUGACACCCCAGUCCUGCCCUCAGCGCCAUUCUAACCCUGCCCCGGACUCAAACCCCACUUCGAGGCCUGAUCUAAACUCCUACCACUGACUGCUCCUGCGUCUUGCCCCAGCUUAGCCCCAACCCCAAACAGAACCUCAGGCUGACCCUAGCCAGCUUUCACCUUGACCCAGCUCGACUCCACCCACCCCAGUUCAGCGCCAGGGCCAACCUCAGCGGUACCGGUACCGACCCCUACCUGGUGCUCACCUCCAUCCCAAUCACAGCACACCUGACCCUUAUGCAAAUGUCUGGCCUCCCCUUCAACCCGGACUCCAUCCACAACCUGCCAGAGCCUAUCCUGUCCCUCCCCCUCCCCCAGUGCGCACUCCCACCCAGCGCUCCUCGAGCAGAGGCCACCAUGUGGCUGGACUGGAUGUGGAGACCCCAGUGUGGGCACACACACACACACACACACACCCUUCAACGUGCGUGCACACACAUGCACACACCCCUCAGCGUGCACACACACACACACACACACACACACACACACAGGAGAGGGGAGGGAAGUCCAGUCCAGCUCUGAGGACUGGCCUGGGAAGGCAGGGGGAGCCAGUGUUUCCUGCCGGGCCCCCCCCCACCCUGGCCUUGGGCCGGACCCCUUUGUAGUUCCCCCCUGUCAGGCUCUGCUCCCCCAGUUCCUUCUUCAGUACCAACUCUCUCCACCCAGGGAUUCCUGCCCCUGUCCCCUUCCUGAAAGCCGUCCUGGCUUCUGCCUGGUUUGUGUGUAGAUCAGGACAAUGGAACUCCCAGGGCGUUCCUUCUUCUGUGUCUGGGGGCCUUGCUCACAACAGAACACAAGAAACAGGCCCUAAGCCAGAGGGUCUGAGUCUAGAGGGGCAGAAGCACACACCCAAGUAAUCCUACCCAACAAGCUCCCCAGUAAGGGAGUGUAUCUGGUUCUAUGGGAACUAAGAGAGUUUUUUUCACUGGGGAUACAGUGGGGUUAUUUGGUCUGGGCCUUAAAGUUUGAGUAGGAGUUCACCUAGUGACAAGGAUGGAAAAGCCUUCCAGGCAGAUAAAACAGCAUGUUCCAAGGCACGGAAGCAUGUUCAGGAAGGGUGGAGGAGGUGAGCCUGGUCAGAAAGGUCAGGGUGGGGAGAUUAGGCUGGUCUAGCUGGGGAAGAAGGGGAGCAGAAGAGGAGGGCACAGGUGUGGGGGAGGUGGUAGUUGGAAGGCAGAAACAGCAGGACUGAGGAGGUUAGGAGAGCAGGGGCAAGGGCAUCGGGAAGGAGAGGGGAGGAGUUCAUUCUCGGACAAUCUAAGGCUGAAGGACAGGCAAGGUCAGCACCAGGUGAGAACAGGCUGUGGCUGAGAUGGGCAGGUGGCCAACAGAGUGGUCAAUGGGGACCAGAAGCUGCUGCUGCUAUUGAUAAAAAUCAUAAUAAUGGGAUGACCUUUCACUGAGUGCUUUCUGUGUACCAGGCACUGAGCUAAGCAUUCUUACAACAUCAUCUAAUCCUCAGAAUACGCCCACAAGGUAGGUGUUACUAGUAGUACCGGUCCACAAGGGGUGCUAAGGCUCAGAGAGGAGAAACAAGUUGCCCCAAGUUCACACACAUGAAAAUCAUGCAGUAGGUAAGACUUGAACCCAGGCCCGUGGGACAUCAGAGCAGAGUCCUUCCUCAAAGUCAUAGUGGCCAAACCUAGUACUUCCCUUGGUCUACAACUCAUCUCUCGUCAGCCCCCUUGGAACCCCCUCUCCCCCUAGGCUGAAUUACUCACAUUUCCCUGAAUAUUCCAGACCUAUUGACCUGCUUGUCCCACAUGUAGUGUCCUCUGCAAGAAAUGGCCUAUUCCUGGCCCCUUUUCUAAGAAAAUUCUACCCAUUCUCCAGAACUCAGUGCUGGCACAAGCAUCUUUCGGAAAUCUUCCUGAACUCCCUGCCCCUGGGCUGUGUGGGAUGGCUCCUCCAUCCACCCCCACUCCCCUAGUCACCCUGCCUUGUCUGCAGCCCCACCCCAGCACCGGGCUUGGCCUAGGGCAGGUGUCAGUGAGUGUGUGUGGUUGGUUAAGGAACACAGGACCUAGCCUGGCUGGGGGUUAAAGUGGGAGCCCAGGGAGGGGCCAGGGCUCUUGCUGGGCUCCCGGACUGAUCUCUUAUCUGCCGGGGCUGUCUCAAGCCUUAUCUGAUUAGGCCUGAGUUGACAGGCAAGCCGAUGAGAUGCUGAUAAGCCCCCCUGGUUACUCAGUAACCCUGCCCUCAUUAAAAGUCCCACUGUUUCCCUCUGGCACCCAGAACCAACCACUCCUCCCUCUUGGGCACUGCUGCCAUGAACACCUUCCUCUUCUGUGCACUGUGCCUCCUCGGGGGCUGGGCUGUCCUGGCAGGGGGAGUCACCGUGCAGGAUGGAAAGUUCUCUUUUCCUCUGGACUCAGUGAAGAAGCUCAAGGACCUCCGGGAGCUCCAGGAGCCCAGCAUCUGGAAGGGCAGGAAGAGUGCUGGGCCCGCGGCUCCCCGAGUCUGCAGCCACCUGAAGUUUCCCGCGGAACUCAGGCCUCUCUGCAAGGAGACCGAUGCCCAGGACAUCCUCCUCAGGCUGGAGGCCAUCGCCGAGGACCCGAGCGUCUGCGAGAUCUGUGCCUUCGCCGCCUGCGCCGGAUGCUAGGACAGCCCAGGACGGCCUAGGACAGCCGGCUCGCCCGCCGCAGCUCGCAGCCCCGCCCGCCGGGCCUCCAGGGGAGGAGUCAAGAGGGGCUGCCCCUCCGAGCUGCAGGUGUUUCCCAAGAUCCUCUCCAAGCCUCAGCUAAUAAACCAGUU